AUGGAGAAACUAGGAGUACUGACCUCAUGCUUGAAGUGCUUUAAUUUCACACUAAUGAAAAGUGAAUGGUGCUCGCACAAUCUUUACACAAAAUCUGCUGAUGUAAGAGAGCUGGGUUCCAAAGGAAAGAGAUGCAAUCCACUCUUGCUUGAUGAAUUUCAUUGGGAAAAUGAAUGGGUCAAUGAAAAUUGUGAACCAGAACCAGUUCAGGAAGGUGGUGGCGAUGCUAUGACUUGGGCUGUUGUGGAUGAGGCUAUUGGUGCAACUCAGGGUCUAGAGGGACGUAACUUGCCUAGGGCUGCUGCUACUCGUGCUGCUGUUGCUGCCCCUGUGAGGCGUACUUAUGCUAGGAACAGGAAGCGUCCAAGGAACACAGUGACUCAAGAUAUUGAUGAAGUUGAUGAUGAAGACCAAGAUCAGCAUGUAGAUUCAGCAAUAGCAAUGGAGGAGGAUGAAGAAUCUGCACCAACUGAAACUGGAGAUGGACCAACUGGAGAUGGAGAGGCUUCAAUUUUAAUGCUUCCAGUGACAAGUCAAGUCAGCAAAGAAAUGGAGUUUGGGACAGAAUAUGGACUUACGGACAUGGCGUAG